AUGCUAUGUCCUGAAGGCGCACAAUACAAAAACGAAACUGUCGUUAAAGAAGAAGAUGAAAGCAGUAAGAAAAAUAUAAAAAUGUCAGUGGAAGGUACCAGUAGCUUGGAAUUAAACUCUUAUAAACAUCCUAAGAGUUGGAAAAAGUCUAUAACAAACUUUUUUCGAAAUCAAUUGCGAUCUACAAAAUCUCACGAUGGUGAUCACUCUUCUGACAGUAAGGAAAACUUUGAUAAAAAAGAUAUGAGCCCUGAGCAGAAAUGGCAGUCCCUUGGCAAAGUAUUCAGACGUCAAAGCUUUGUCGAUCACUGGCAAAAAUCUCCUAAUCAGCACGGUGAAAGUUCAUCACAAAGUAAACGUCAAGCUGUAAGAAAAGUAUUGUCAACCUAUUUUGGAAAAUCUCCGAAAACUGCAAACGAGAAAAAUGAAAACUAA